GUGGUUUACGAAAGUGCCUGUUUCCAUCGUCGCAAGCAAGAGAGCGGGGAGAGUGUCGACCAGUUCGUUACCGACCUCCAUGUGCUCGCUGACCGCUGCGACUUUGCACAGUUCAGAGACCGUAUGAUCCGUGACCGGUUCGUCGUGGGACUUGCCGAUGCAAAGUUAUCCGAAACCCUCCAAAUGGAUGCCAGCCUCACUCUUGAGACGGCACUAGCCAAGGCCCGCCUCAAGGAGACUGUUCGUCGCCAGCAGCAGGAGCUGCGUCCUCACUCAGAUGCAGCGACCUCGGGGGAAGUCGACGCCGUGGGCCAGCGGAGUGGACGCACUGGAGCACCCGGCAACAUGCAGAGUCGGCUGCCUUCACUUCAGCAGCAGCAGCAGUGGCGGCUCUCCGAGCAGCACCACCAGCUCUGCACGUAUUGCGGACGUCCGAACCACCUCAGGACUCAGUGCCCGGCGCGCUCCGCGCGUUGCCACCACUGCAACGCCAGAGGACAUUUUGCUGCGGUGUGCCGUAACAAGGUUGAGAAGCCGAAGGUAGGCGUUUCUUCGCUCGAAUGGGACCAACCUACCUAUUUUGUAGGAUCAGUUGGCGCUUCGAAAGCUAGGUUUGUUCAAAAAUACUGCAAAUUCAACGGAUAUUAA